AUGGUGGAACAUGAGAGUGCAGUGGCUCUGCGCGGAAGAAUGUACAAACAUACGCACAAUCGCAAGGACACUUGCAAUACAAUCUCUUUUCACGCGCAGGUGCCUUGCAUGAGUCCUACCUCCCCCCCCCAAGGCUGGUCGUCCCUGGAGGUUUUGAUCAAACGAAAGCCACGUGACACCUGGAGCACCGCUCCAGGGAAAACGGGGGAAGCAGGCAGACAGACAGUCCAGAGGAGGAUGGGAGGAGUGAAGAAGAAGGCCUCAGGAAAGAGGGCAGAAAGUAGUCAAGGCUUGCAGCGCCAGCUAACUACUCCGCGGGCUGCAGAAGACGAAACGGCACUCUGA